AUGUGGAGAAAUAUAAACCAACUCAUUGGGAAAACCUCUAAAAAAACAAAUGUAAUUUCAGUCAAAUCAAAUGAUCAAAUAUUUACUAGUAAGGAUGAUAUUGCUGAAACUUUUAACGAUUACUUUUCAAAAAUUGGUACAGAAUUAUCCAACAGGAUUCCACCAAGUAAAGAAGGAUUUGAAGAAUAUCUUGAUCGGUCGUUUAGUGCUGUUUUUGAGUUCAAAUCGGUUUCUAAUGAUGAAGUUGAAACUGUUUUGA